AUGCUGGAGAACCAUGUACAAGUGGCUGUCCCUCAGAAUAUGCUUCCUCGAACCUUUAAACCGUAUUCGAAGGCGGCACCUCGGAAUUCUCCAAUCGUCUCCGACGGGACUAGUCGAGUGGAGCUGGAUAUUUUGUGGGCAUCCGUGCAGAUGAAGGGGUUUGGAGCUAGAGGCGAAUUUAGAACAGGGUCAGAAAUCUAA